AUGAGAGCUUCAAAUUCAAAUUAAGGAUAAUCGUCUCUCCCUGAUAGUAAUGAAAUCAAUGAAUAUAUUAAGGAGUACUUAAGGUAUUCUAAUUAUUCCAAUUCCCUGGAAUGUUUUGAAGCUGAAAUUAAAAGUAAAUAGGUUUCCAAUAAAGUACUUUAUUAAUUUUUAAUCUAGAUGCUAAACAAAUAAUAAAUUAUUAAACAAACUGGAGAUGAUUUACCACGUAUAUUUUAAUUGCUAAAAAGUGAUAAUAAUAAAACAAAAAGAGAGAUCAAUUUAGAAAAAGAAUAAAAGUAAUUUAAUAAAAAAUACUAAUAAAUUUUAUAAGCAGGUAGAUAAAUCUUUUCAGUAAGCAUUAAUUUAUUGUAAUUAUUGCAUUCAUUAAAGGAAACAGCUAAAAAUGAAAAUCUCAGUGAAACUUUAGAAAAUUAUAAAAUUUAACUUGGAAAAUAUCACAAAGUAAUAAUUAAUGAAGGCAAACCAGAAGGAACAGAAUUGAUUACAGAAUAGGUCAUGCAUGAGCAUAAAACUAAAUUAUUUAAGAACUAUUAGGAUAAACAUGUAGAUGGAAUGAUCGAGGUCUUACUUUCUUUAAGAGUAAAUGCUUUAUAAAUUGCACCAGAAUUAAGGAAAAAUCUUGUCUAUGAAUUAAUUAGAAAUGAUGUUUUUAAUAUAGAAGCUACAGACAAAUUUGAUUUUGUAGUUCAUUUAUUGGAUAUUAACAACCAAAGUCUUAGACAUGCAAUUACCAGCUUAAUUAGUGUAAUAAGUAGUACCUUAAGAGGUGUUGAAUAUUUAACUUAUAAUGGUAAUAUGAUUAUAAUUGAAAAAAUAAUUAAAAUUUUAAAGGAACAAGAAAAUGGUUCUGUAACUUAAAGAUUUUGUUUGGCGAUAUUGUAAAAGGCAAGUAUUAAAGAUACAGUAAUUCCAACUUAUGUACAUAAUGAAAUGAUUUAAUGGAUAAUUAACUUAAUUUAAAAAUCAGUAAAUAGUAAGAUUCAUGUAUUUUGUCUUGAUUUUGCUUCUGCUACAUUGGCUAAUAUUAUUCAUACUCCAUAUACUUUAUAAUAUUUGGAACAUUAACCUAGAUUUGCACAUUAAGUGAUGGAAUAAUUAUUAAAGUUCAUCAAAGAUUAAAUUUAAGUAUCAGUCUUGAUGCAUGUUUUGAUUUGCUUGUCUUAUUUGAGUAAAGAGAAUUUUGCUAAAUAAAUGGAAGAAUGUAGAUUUGUAGAUAGAAUAAGCGAAUUUGUUGAAUAUUAUAGUGUUAUAAAUACAGGUAUGUAUAUUAUUUAUAAUCAAAAAAGAAAAUGAAGCAGCAGAAAUUGACAAAAAAACAGUUUUAGACUUGUGUGCCCAUAUGUUUCAUCCAAAGGACACUUCACUUGACAAUUCUGAAACACUUGAAUUAAAUGAAUUAAAAACUGAAGAUAGAAUUAGAGAAUAUGAAAAUGAAUAAGGGGAAUUAAUUUUUGAAUGUUUCCAAGAUGAAGUUAGUUGA